AUGAAUAAAGGUCCCGGACUUUUCGUCGGAGAAGCGGGACUCUCGCCGCUUUUCAGCACCCCAGCAGAUACUUCACGCCGUCCCGCGUCUUCGGUUCUUCAGAAACGUUUUCUAGGGAAUGAAGUCAGAGGACCGGAUUUCGAUCCUCUCGAUGUCAAGACCUGGGCGCUGAAGCCGCACAUUGAAGUGGUUUCCUCGGGCCUUUUCCGUCGUGCUAAUAGUUACGGGGAAUUCAAGGAGUUUUGUGAAAGCCUUCGCUUGCUGCUAUUUGUUUUCGGCUCUGCUGGAAUUGCUACAGAUCUUCUCUUCUUCCACCCAACGCGGUCAGCUUACUGGCGUUCUUUGUCUCCUUUGCGCUGGCCUGGCCUCCUCCUCAGUCAGUUCAGAGGCUCGAACGGCACAGGUGGGGAUUUUGAUUUUGAAAAGGAGGGAAUGACGACUUCGCCUGACGGCAUCGUCAGAACUGCAGCCUAUGCGGCUUUCGAGAGGGCCAUGCGAUAA